AUGGAAUGGUUGAAUGAGUGGUUGAUGAAAUUCAACCAGCAAAAAUGUAAGGUUAUGAUAAUAGGAAAUAGCCAACACAAAGUUUUAAUGAAUAAUACAGCUUUAGCCAACACAAGCAUGGAAAAGGAUUUAGCAGUGUACAUUUCAGAUGGUUUGGAAUGGAAACAACAUGUAAAUAAAGCAGUAAAUAAAGCAAAUCAAAAGCUAGGUCAAAUCAAACACACUUUUAAAUAUUUAUAUGAAAAAACAAUGAAACUCUUGUUUAUAUCCUUAGUACGUCCACAUUUGGAAUACGCAGCUCCUAUCUGGAAUCCUUAUCGUCAGUAUGAUAAAGAUAAACUAGAGUGUCCAACAAAGAGCUUCUAG